AUGGAGACGGCGCGCGGCGGCGGCGGCGGCUUCCCCCGGGCACUGCCGCUGCUGCUGCUCCCCUUGCUGCUGCCCGUGCUGCCGGGGCUGCCCCGCGCCGCCGCCGAGCAGGUCGUCCUGCUGGACUCGAAGGAAUCCCAAGCGGAGCUGGGCUGGACCUCGCACCCGGCCAACGGGUGGGAGGAGAUCAGCGGCGUGGACGAGGAGUACAAGCCCAUCCGCACCUACCAGGUGUGCAACGUCAUGGAGCCCAACCAGAACAACUGGCUGCAGACGGGCUGGAUCGCCCGGCGCGACGGCCAGCGGAUCUUCAUCGAGCUGAAGUUCACCCUGCGGGACUGCAACAGCAUCCCAGGUGUGACGGGCACCUGCAAGGAGACCUUCAACCUGUACUACGCUGAGUCCGACGCCGACCUGGGCCACAGCAUCCGCGAGAGCAAGCACACCAAGAUCGACACCAUCGCCGCCGACGAGAGCUUCACGCAGGGGGACCUGGGCGAGAGGAAGAUGAAGCUGAACACGGAGCUGCGGGAGAUCGGGCAUCUGAGCAAACGAGGCUUCCACCUGGGCUUCCAGGACGUGGGCGCCUGCGUGGCCCUGGUCUCCGUGCGGGUUUAUUACAAGAAAUGCCUCGCCACCGUGCAGAACCUGGCGGUUUUUCCGGACACGGUGGCGGAGACGGCUUUCGCCACGUUGGUGGAGGUGAAGGGCACGUGCGUCGAGCAUGCCCGGGUGGACGUGGAUAACCCCCCCCGGAUGCACUGCAGUGCCGAGGGAGAGUGGCUGGUGCCCGUCGGGAAGUGCCUCUGCAGCCCCGGCUUCGAGGAGAGGGACGGGAGGUGCAGAGCAUGCCUUCCAGGAUUUUACAAGCUCUCCCUCCGCCUUCCUCUCUGCUCUCCUUGCCCUGAGCACAGCUUCACCCAUGAGGAAGCCUCCACCUUCUGCUCCUGCCAGAAGAACUACUCCAGGUCCCCAUCAGACCCUCUGUCUGCCUCCUGCACGCGCCCGCCAUCUGCCCCGAGGGACCUGGUGUACAGCCUGCGGCGUUCCUCGCUGGUGCUGCGCUGGAGUGCUCCUGCCGACGCGGGCGGCCGCAAUGACCUGACCUACAGCCUUUGGUGCGGCCGCUGCCCGGCACUGCGAGGUGACUGCGAGCAGUGUGGCAGCAGCGUGGGCUUCGUGCCGCAGCAGACGGGACUGGUGGAGCGCACCGUCACGCUGGUCAACCUGCUGCCCCACGCCAACUACACCAUCCGCGUGGUGGCCCUCAAUGGCGUCUCAGCCGUCAGCCCGCUGGCAGGACAGCCCUACGCUGAGGUCAACGUCUCCACUGGGCUCGCAGUGCCAACUCCUGUCACUGGCAUCCGCACCGAUAAAAUUGAACAGAAGAGCAUCUCCUUGUCGUGGCAGGAGCCGGGCUUCCCGACCAACAGCACCGAGUACGAGGUCAAGUACUACGAGAAGGAUCAAAGAGACCGAAGUUACUCAACUGUGAAAACCACAUCAACAGCCGUGACGGUCAAUAACCUGAAGCCUGGCACCCUCUAUAUCUUUCAAAUCCGGGCAUCUUCCUCGCAGGACUAUGGCAACUACAGCCCCAGUAUCGAAGUGGAGACGUUGGCAGAAUUGACAGUGGCCUCAAGCGAGCAGAAUCCUGUCCUUAUCAUCAUAGUGGUGGCCAUCGCAGGGCUGACGGUGCUGGUGUCCAUGGUGGUCGGCAUGAUGGUCUGGAGGAGGCAGUGUGGGUACAGCAAAGCCAGCCAGGAUGGAGACGAGGAGCUCUACUUCCACUUUAAAAUACCAACCAGGAGGACAUACAUUGACCCAGACACUUGUGAAGAUCCCAUGCAGGCUGUGCACCUCUUUGCCAAAGAGCUGGAUAACGCCAGUAUUAAAAUCGAGAGGGUCAUCGGGACAGGAGAGUUCGGCGAGAUCUGCCGGGGCUGCCUGAAGCUGCCCAGCAAGCGGGAGCUGCCGGUGGCCAUCCAGACGCUGCGGGCCGGCUGCUCCGCCAAGCAGCAGCGCUGCUUCCUGGCCAAGGCGUGCACCAUGGGCCAGUUCGACCACGCCAACGUCAUCCGGCUGGAGGGGGUCAUCACCAGAGGGAACACCAUGAUGAUAGUGAUGGAGUACAUGGGGAACGGAGUGCUGGACUCUUUCCUCAGGGUGAGUGCUAACUGCUGGGCUCCGUCACCUGCUCAGGCUUCAGCAGGCAUCGCUCAGCUCCAGCUUUUUCCUCCUCCUCCUUUAUUUCUUUUUUUUCUUGUUGUAAUUUUGCAGAAACACGAGGGCCAGCUCACGGCCAGCCAGCUCCUCAGCAUGUUGCAGGGCAUCGCUGCUGGCAUGAAGUACCUGGCGGAGAUGGGUUACAUACACAAAAGUCUGGCUGCCCACAAAGUCCUGGUGAACAGCAGCCUGGCUUGCAAAAUCACGGGAUUCAGACGGCCGCAGGAAGAUAAGAUGGAGACCAUCUUCUCCACCAUGCGUGGGAAGAGCCUGGUGCUGUGGUCAGCCCCUGAAGCCAUCCAGUACCACCACUUCAGCCCAGCCAGCGACGUGUGGAGCUUUGGCAUCGUCAUGUGGGAAGUGAUGUCCUAUGGCGAGAGACCCUACUGGGACAUGUCCCACCAGGAUGUGAUGAAGGCGGUGGAGGACGGCUUCCGCCUGCCCGCCCCGGCACACUGCCAGCCACCACUGCACCAGCUGAUGCUGGACUGCUGGCAGAAGGAGCGCAGCCAGCGCCCCAAGUUCUCCCACAUCCACGACGUCCUCAGCAAGAUGCUGCAGAGCCCGGAGCCACCUCCAUGCACCAGGUCCCGCAGCACCGUGCCCCUCGCUGAGCACUCCUUUGCGGUUUUCCCGGCGUUCAGCUCUGUUGGAGAGUGGCUGGAAGCGAUAGGGAUGGGCAGGUACCGGGAUAACUUCACUGCUGCGGGCUGCUGCUACCUGGAGUCCGUGGCCAGGAUGACAGCGCAAGACGUCUUGAGCCUGGGGAUCACGCAGGCGGAGCACCAGAAGACCAUCCUGAGUGGCAUCCAGACCCUGCGGGCCCAGGUGAUCCAGAUGCAUGGCCGGGGCGUGCAGGUGUGACACGGAGCACGGACCAGCAGAGCAGGAGGAGGUGCUGGCCCAUGCUGGACCAAAUCUCGGAAACCUCACUGUUUUGGGUGGGAUGUGGGAUCCUGUGGGCUGCUGCCAGAUGAGUCGUUCCACGUGGUAAGAGGGCAGGGCGUCCCAUCCCCUGUGCUGGGGAAGCUAAGCGUUCCCAAGGCACCAUGCACAGUGUGCUUGGGCGGCUGUGGUUCUCCCCAUCGCUGCUCUGUAAGAUGAGUCAAACUGUAAUGAAGCCAUUUCACAUGGUAACUAGGUGAACAGGGUGGAUGAACAUUUCUGCGCUGUCUUCAUCCAGAACUGACAGCAUUUUCCUAUCUAGCAUCCUACUGGUGAAAUCCAUGGGUAUUUUUAUACAGGCUGACAUCUUCUACCAACCCCACCAGGAGCUUUUAUUGCUUUUAUUUUUAGAGGCUCACGCCCAGCGCCCAGCUUCAGGAAGGUGACUUUGCCCAUCUGGCACACUGGAAGGAAGCUCUGUCCCAGCCACGUCCCUUCCGCUCCAAGAGUCACCUUGCUGAAUCCUGACACCACUGUCAGUGAAUGGAAACAAACGUUCCCCGCCAAAGCGCAGAGCUGAAUGUUUGGAAGGUGCUCUUGACAAGAUAGUUUCAGAGGGGGAAAUGGAAAGCUUUGAUCAAGACAGCCACAGCCAAGGGAGGGCGAGCAGAGGAGCCUUGGGCUGCCCCUCUGAUGCUUUCAGCUUUUGCUGCUUUUUGUGCAGGUCCCAGUCUAUCAUUCCCACCAGGUGGGAUGGGGACUUCCAAAGCAGAGUAGCAGUGGGCAGGAACUGGCUGCCCUUGCAGGGCUGAUGCUAAAGCAGCUGAUGCUCCUUCAGCCCCUUUUCUUCCCUGCUUCCUGCCUUGCAAUGUCUUGCAGGCAUCCUGUAUCAUGCCUCGCUGGUGGUGGGGAAGCACGAUGGCACUGGGAGAGAUGUGAUGCAGGUGGGCAGGGGAAGAGAGGUGUGCCCAUGGUGGCAAGCUGCUCCUUGCAGGCAGGAGAUGUCUUUAGGAGUCUGAAAAAGUGGAGGGGUCUGGUCACCCCCAGCACUAACGCAGACCCCGUGAGGCCUGCUAGCAGCCUUGCUCGCUUUGCAGUCCCAGCACUGUACCAUGGCUCAGGGCAGCGGUGUAGAAAUAACCAGUGGGAAAGAGGAUGGGUUUAGCUGGAUUAGGUCGGUGCUGAAGGGCCCCGUCCUGCAGAGGGAAACAGAGCAUUGCUGCAUGGCCAAAGGAUGGAGCUGGGGGUGCUGCUGGGCGCCAGGUGGGGACACAGCGCUUUGUUUUGUAGCAGCUCUGCACGGCGUGCCUCGUGCACUGGCAUUUCUGCUACAGGCCCAAUCCGUGACAGAAGGCAUAAAUAGCAUCUGCUUAACAAUACAAGGUUUCUUUGAAGUUAGUUAAUUAAAUGGGUCUUCGCAGCCUUGUGCAGAGCUUUGUAGGCCUUUUGUUCUCAUCUGUACGUAUUGCAAGUGAAUUAUUAAUGACGAAAGACAAAGAUUUACAAAAGGAAUGAAUGCCGUAGAAGGUGCUCACAGUGCAGUUGGAAAUCCGUAUGCGUAGGAUUCAGAUCUUCUGCAGCUAACCUGCGCCAAGGGGAUGCAUUUAAAAGGCAGUGAGCUGCAGGGCUCUGACACAGCCUGCCCAGAAUGAGGUCACAUCUGUAUCAUGGCCCCACAGCCUCCACAGUUGCUUUAGGGAUCCAGCUUUUGUUCAGCAAAGCCCCGUUCCUGUUGGGUUCCUCCAAACCAGCACAAUGUUGUGCCCUCGGAGCCCUCUGGCUUGGCUGCUCACACCAGGGCCGUGAGUGCUCAAGACAACACGGUUUAACUUUGCUCAUCUAUUUCAAGGUGAUUGCAUUGGAGAUCAGGGCUCUUUGGCUGAACACCAGCAAGAGGUGUCAAGAAGGUGCUGGCUAAGUAUACUUCUCCUUUUUCUGCCUUGUGUUGCCAUUUGCAGGCAAUGCCGCAGUGAGCUGCCGCCAGCUCUCGGUGCUCUCCUUCUGCAGUUUGGACAGCAUUCCCCAAUGCCAUUUGGUCAUUUUUUUUUGUUUGUUUACAGAAAUAAUUUGCCUUUAGGUUUUGCCGUUGUCGGGUCCGGGUCGUUGCCAGCAUCCUGCCGUGUCACACCCAGAGGAGUAAUAAUUGUGAACUGAAACCUUCGUUUGGUAGAAAUGCCAGAUCCCAAGGAUCAAGUGCAAUUUGUAUGCUCGUUAUGUUUACAUUUUAUCUAUAGAGAAAGUAUAUUAGAGUUCUCUAGGCAGGGAGCUGAACCAACGUGAUUUCUGAUCCCACAUCUCCUGCCCCUGUCCCUCCUGCGUGGAGGUGGCUGCAGGAUGGGCUGGGUGCAGGGUGGCAUGGUGCCACAGUGCUCCAGGGGCUGGAGAGCAGCCGGCCAUGAGCACACACAAGACCUUAUCUGGGGUCUGCAAUGUGCAGGGAGGUCGGACGAGAUGAUCUUAGUGGUCUCUUCGAACCUUAAUGACUGUAUGAUUCUAUGAAGGUGCUGAGGGCUCUGAGCAUCUCAAGUCCAAUGGUGAGGAAGUGAAGCUAGCAAAACAGAAUGGAGCUUUGGGAAUAGGAACAGCAAUCAGCAACUGGGGAAAUCACUGGGGAGGUGCCCCAAUCUCUAUAACACCCAUCUGACCCAUUGGGGGAGGCUGAGGAACUGCAGGCUGAAGCCUCUGGCCACAGAUGUGCCGGGAGUCCAUGGGUGCUGUCAUCUCCUUGGAGCAGCUGGGAGGUGCUGGGUGCUCCUGCUUGAGCGUUCCCUGUGUCUGUGCAGUGACGGGGGCAGUGCAGGUCCCUGGGUGCCUGGUGAGCAAGGUCAGGUGUAGGGAUGCGUGCACAGCUGCACAGAAGUGCCCGAGAGUAACAGAUUCUUGGCAAAAAAGGUAGAUGAGAGAGUGAAGUUGCCUUUCUAACAGAUUAAAUGUUAUUCCUUGGGAAUGCUCUCGGGUUUUAUUUGUCAUUUAAGAACCUACAACCAAAGGCAACGCUGACAAAGGCGACAGACCUGGCGAGCUCUGAUGCGCUGUCUGCAUUCCCUGCAGAGGGAAAGGGGAAUGUUGGGGUGAGGAAGGGGAAGUCCUUGUCCUUGUCCUUCCUCAGCAGUGAGUUCACAAAGCUCCCUCAUCCACAUGGCUGAGCAAUUGCAUGCUGGCUCUGCACUGGAGCACUCCAAUUAAAAUGAGGCCAUUUUUCAAUCACUUCAUGAGCGUUUCCCCUGCAGAAUCCAGCUCCUGUACUGCAUUCUCUAGCUGCUCCCCAAAGAAAUCCCGUGUUUAAUUACUUUCCUGACUUCCUGUGAUGGGGGAUGCAGUGUUUCAGGGCUGUUUCUCCCCAGCAGCAUCAUUCUGGGGCCAGGGUAGGAGCAAUGCAUGGUGGCUGUCCUGGUUCCUCCUUCAUGCAAUGGGAGUGUGCUUCAUGGCCUCGCAGGUGGCACCAGUGCACACCUGUAAGCGAGCCCUCUCAGCCCUGAAGAUAAUCAGCCAAGCAGAUUAAGUUACAAAUUGUUGCUACGAUUUUAAAAUUAACUCGUGCCCUCUCAGCACCUCCUCUUUGGGGAAGUAUUCAAUGCCUUAUAAUUAAAUUAAUUAGCAGCGCUGUUGUGCAGCUGCUCGACCAAGGGAAAUGCCUCAGAAGGAGAUGCUCUCAGCCCAUCCAUGCAAGGUGGGCAGAGCUCCCCCAGCACAUCACACCGGUGCUCAGGAGGGCACAGGGCAGAGCUCAGCCCACCUGCACCAGGUGACUGGGUUGGAGAAGAGCGAGGGAGGAGCACUUGGUGAGGUGCUUGAGCUGGCAGGUGGCUUGGGUUUGCAUCUUUAGGUUUCUGCUGAACUCUUGCAGGAAAUCACUAGGGUUGGCGUCCCUGGACCCCCAUCCCACCCCGAGCAGCAUCAGCCCCACAUGCACACAUGGUCCCUGGGGCCUUGUUCCCCUCUGUCUGCAUUCAGCCCAGCGCUCUCUGUUCUCGUGCAGCCUCCUGUUGCUGGGCUGCUCCUUGUAUUCCUAAGGAUGUCUCCACUAGAUGUUCCUCUUGGCCAGGGAGAAGAGGCACAGCGCGGCUUCUCCUCGGGAGUUCUCUGCACAUCCUGGAAAAAUUCCUCUUUGCAAAUCCUCCCCCCUCAUGCUGAGCCCUGCUUUCCCCGUGGGCAGAAGGGCGUCUCCUCUCCGGGACAGUUUCCUGCAGCCAGGAGUAGAGGCAGAGUCAGCCCAGAUCACGUUGGUUCACCUCCAGCUGCUUUUUGAUAGUCAUUAACCACGUGUUAUAUACUGUAAAUACAUACUUGAGAAGUCAAUAUAUAUUUUUAUAAGCUUGAAACCAAUGUAAUAUAAGAUCAUAAGGGACACUGUGUACAUUCAAUGUUUGAGCUAUAGUCAGACAUCUCCAGGGAAUCACUGUUGGUUUGGAAUAAUAAUAAUAAUAAUAGAUGGUAAUAAAGAUCUAUUGACAUUUUUGUUAAUUUUGUAUUUAUUGAACUAUGUUUGAAGACUGCAAUAACGAGAUGCCUAAAUACCGAAGUAAAAACAACACUAAUUCUGC